AUGGCGUCAUCUUCAGGACAGAAUAAAGUCAUUCAUCCUGUACCAGAGGAUCCUUCAUUAUUACGGUUACAAAAUAUUCAUGUGUCUGAACAUAUAUGGGAUGGUCAAGAUCAUCCUAUUUUGAAGUUCCCAUUAGACCUCCCGUUGAUCACUGCAUUAGUAGAGAGAUGGAGGCCAGAGACACACACUUUUCACUUACCUCCAAGCGAGUGUACAAUCACUUUGCAGGAUAUAUCAGUAUUGUUAGGUUUACGCAUUGAUGGAAGACCUGUGAUAGCACCUAUUCGAGGUAAUUAUGAUGAUAUUGUUGAGGAGAGCCUAGGGAUUAGACCAUCACGUGCAGAUUUUGUUGGUAGCUUCUUGAAGACGAGUUGGCUAGACCAACAUUUUACCCAUGUGGCGAUGCAUGCACAAAAUCCUUUACAGAUCACCCGAUUUGCUAGGGCUUAUAUGUUGCGGUUGUUUGGGAGUUUUAUGUUGAGUGAUCACUCCAGCAGUAGAAUCUCUGUGAGGUACUUACUUUUACUAGAGGAUUUUGCUGUCACUGGAGAAUAUAGUUGGGGGUCUACAAUUUUGGGAUUUUUGUAUGGGGAGCUGUAUAUGGCCACCAACAUUGAUAAGCAUGAUUUAGGUGGAAUGGCUGCAUUACUUGUCAUGUGGGCAUGCGAUAAGUUUCCAGUUCUAGCUCCUGGUAACCCCCCUCACACACGAGUCCAUCUUCCAUAUGCUACCAGGUGGUUGGCAAACCAAAGGAAUAGAAAAGGGAGGAAGGACAUAUCUUAUUAUAGAUAUAAAUUUGACAUACUUAGUCAUGAAAAGAUAAUUUGGCAACCAUAUUCGAUUGAUUUGAUUAAUGCAUUACCACCUAUAUGUCGUGAGGGAAUGGAUUUGUGGAGGGCUGUAGUGCCUCUGCCAGAUGCACUACAUGACAUGACACUGCGAGGGAAGACAAUAGAGAAUUGGCAAGAGAAGCUGAGGGAUGUAUUAGACAUUUGGGAGAGAAGGAGAGAUUGGGUCUGA